AGCACUUUGACGCGCAUUAGAGCAGACGGUUUCCGUCAGCGGGUUUUACAGAUCGAUCUCCAUGGUCAUAUGGGUGUAGCGGAGAGCCUGUCGAGCGACAGUGUGAUAUGGAACAGCGUAGUAACAAACUUCGCUGGUGAUAGGUAGACGUCGGUAACACAAUGAGCUUCUACUACAUUAAGGUGGCGAAGGAAUCGGAAAAACUACCUGGAUAUGGCUUCCGUAAGGCCGAUGCGGAGGAGAUCGCCAUUAUUACACAACGCCUGACCAGACCGACGUACAGCAGUCUCAUACACACUGAGGAUAGCCAGUCAGUACACAACUACCAAUUCAUUCGUGAACAGAGCAGUAAGAGACGUACACCAUCUGCAUGCCAGAAAAGACCACUAUCGGCACACAGGAAGAGUACAAAUGAUCGUAGAUUCACUGACUGGGAGUUACAGCGCGUGUUGAGACGAUUACAAAAACCCACUGAGACGUCCGAACAUAGACGGUUUUUCCACGAAGACGAUUUGAGACCUGCCCAAGCUGUCACAUCAGUUAACCGACCGAAAACGGGUGACGAAAAAACUAAAUUUUUGGAGCGACUGGUUCGACCCACAACAGCAAGUAGGGCAAAGAGUGUUAAUGGUUGUCAUCUGUGUGAUGAGAAAAGUCGAGAGAAGAAUAAAACAUUAGCACCGUUUGAGUAUGUUUACGCGAACGAUACCGAAUUUGAACAGGCAGUGGUUGAGGAAAUCGUCGAGCGUGUACGAUCCUCGACUCAUGCCAGUACUCGGGGUGCGAAGCAAUGUUGUCGACUGACACCAGCCCGUGUGGAUGAAGUGGAAAUCCGAAAAGGGCUGCCAUUAGUCAGUGGUCUACCAAGGAGUAACACUGUGAAAGAAAUUGUGCACAGGUUGCAUCCCCCGAGAGUCCACGGAUACAGAAGUGCAACAACGCCUGUCUCUAUAUCCUAACGGUUCUUGCUAUGGUUCAUUAGGUGAUUAUACAGAUCUCUAUGCCCAGGUUAUCCAUUAAAUGUAACUAUAUAGAUAUGACCAGCAGCAAUGGGCAAUCAGUUAAAAUCAACUACACAUUAACCAUAAUUUAUAACAUAGAACCAUGUAGAACCACGUUAAUUUACCAGCCUUUCUUCAUGUUGAUAUAUCCCGAACUGUCAUCUGUCUUUAUACAUCUACGUGUGGCACUGAUGGUAUGUUGAUAACUGACCAAGAUACCCAUAUUUGGGUUGAUACUAGAAUACUGUAUGUUCCUUUAAGAUGAUCGCAAGUACUGUGUCAUAUCAUAUGAUACACAACAGCAGAAGUUGAACAGGAAGUUAAAUAACUAUUGCAAUGGAACAGUUACAAAACAUGUCAUUACAUAAUCGAUUUCGGCUUCUGUAUUUCAAUCUGAGUAUGUUACUUUGAAACUAAAAAUAAACAUAAUUUUUAAAAAUAAUUUUGGAAAAAAAUGUUUUGUCACAGAAUUAGAAAAGAAUAAGGGUUUCGAAAUUUUAUUAUAUAUAUCAGACAUAUAUAGUAAGCGGUGAUCAACCUUUUGAAGGUGUGUGCAUAUGAUCAGGAAGACAUAUCUCUUUGUGUUAAUUUGACAAUCAAUGUAGAUUCCGCCAUACAUUACCACUGCCUAACCUAGAUAUUUGGAGUAAACUAGGAUUAAAUAAAACAUAUU